CAACGCUGACAACACUUCCGAUUUCGUCAGAGUCAGAGUCACGUGAUCCAGCAGAAGCGGCAAACUUUCAUUUGUUCGUCGGACGAUUCGUUUGAUAAAGCAUGACGGAAAACAUACCUAUAAUCAUUUUGAGCGAUGAAGAUGAUGAUGAUGAUGAAGGUAGCUUUUUAAGGACCCACAACGAUUCUUCCGUGCUGAUCGUUGAAAAUGACAAGAACGAAGCAGAUGUAUCUAAAAAUAUUGAAGAGUUGGAUGAAGACUUGGCCAUCACAUACUCCCAAACUGCAACAGUACUUCCACAUGCAAGAUAUGACUGCACCCUGGCAUUUUGGCGAGCAGAGCAGGACGUUUCAGGACCUCUACAAAAUAAUGCAAAGCACUGCGAUCAGUGUUUCUGUUAUAUCUGUGACAAACUGGCAUCCAUGUGCGAGUUCUGGAUCAUCCCUGGCAUUUGCCACUGUAAUGCUCAUAAGCACAGCGUCUACUGGAAAGCCCUCCGCGACAAGAGUCUGAUGGGAUUUCUGCAUGAGUUGAGCUUCACUUUUGAACCUCUGGAUAUGGAUUCAGACCUACGACGUGCAGAAACAACACUGCAGAAAUUUGCUGGUAGUUUGGCAUUGAAGUAUGCAACUUUUCUGUUGGGGUUUGAGAGUCCCAACCCUUCAACGAACUGUCGGUGCACCUGUCACCGCAACAUUGACAGCACUACUCGGGGUCAAACCAUCGGAUGUAAAGGAUGUUAUAAACAUCAUUUUAAGUCCCUGGAGUAUGAUUACACAGUUGUGAGUCAACAUAUCAAAAUGUUUUUGAAUGAAGCAAAGAAAGAGAAUCCAAAGGCUUGUGUUGUGAUGCUGCUAGGGGCUAUUAAGCUUUUUGUCAACCACACGACUCCUGGAAAUAUACAUGCUGCCAACACUGUAUUUGAAACCGUGUCAGUUCUCCUGUGGAGAUUUAUGACAAAGGUGUGGACACUUUUAGUUGGCUUUGAUUUUUCAGGCUCCUUUAUAAGUCAGCUAGAGUCUUUCUACCAGAAGCUUCCUUUGCCUUCAAAUUGCACGUUGCCAAAAAGUCUGAGUGUGCUACCUUGGGAUGAUCCCUUGCUCUCUGCCGUGAUGAAAGGUCAAAACAUCACCGGUGAGAGGCACGUCAAGGGUCGAAGGCAUCAAAUCUUGAGUGAACCUCUGGUUGUGAUUCAAGCAAGAGUCUGUAAACUUCAGCACCAAAACAGGUACCGUGAGCUGGCUCGCUAUCUCAAAGUUGUCAAAAGCACCAAUAAUCCCACGCUGCAGAGAAUGAAAGACUUGGUUCCUUUCUACCUGUGCAAGGAUGGUGACUACAGUGGUGCAGUCUGCCAUAUGUUAUCACUUAUGCCUGGUGGCUCGUGCCUUGCGUCCCGUCUCACACCUCAGCAGUUCAGAGCUUAUCUCAGAAUUCUCACAUCAGGCCACGCCCCUGAUGUAGCACAAGAAUUUGAAGCGGGAAAUGGCCAUAUGAUUAUACCUGAUCCUUUACUGAGCACUAAGUGGACACUGGUUGAAGGCUCAAAUUCAUUCAAGAUGAUGGAGGUACUGAAGUUUGCAUUGAGGGUUCUCGACUGCAACAGCAGUGUUUUUGCUGAUUCAGAGACGUGGGUGUAUCUGCUCAGCGUUGUCAGUUCCAGCUUUACUACUCCAGACGGUGUACCUGUUGAGGCAUUCUAUGCCGAGCCUGAUGUCGCAUAUCAAGCGGUGACCAGAGAUGCCGCCUGUGCAAUUCUUGAGGAGCUGACGACAACUUCCCGUAUACAGAUCCCUAAAACCUUUGAGAGGGGUUAUCCUGACCAGGCUAGGCUGCUGUUGGCCACUCAGGCUUUGGUACUGCGAAUUUUCCACUCACAGCUCAGGCCCAUCCUCGGCGUCAUCAUGUCUUUCAAGUUCAACCGCUGGGUCCUCCGUUGGUUCUUCUACAGUCUGCUGAUGAGGCCAGAUGUGCUGCACUACGUCCUUUACUGUCUUCUGGAGGAACUCUCUGAUGAGCGAUACCAGCUCCUACAGAGAAAAUGGAGUGAAACCGAUCAUUCCCUGGUUGCAUAUUUUGUCUGCAUGUACUUCUGGGAAAACAGCGUGGUUCUGGACCUGAACACCUAUCCCAUCAAUGGCUUGCUUGCCACUUGGAAUGAAGCGCACAACCCUUGGCAACUAAGCUUGAAACUGUAUCUUGAGUGCAAUGUGGCCAAACUUACUCCAGAAAAACGCAAAAUCCUGCAUCUAAUCCAACAGCAAGGAAAAUAAGUCUGACCAACAUUCUGUUUUAAAAACUUUUUUUUUUUUUUUUUAAUGUACAUACAGAGUGGAUUUAAUGUUUUCAUAGAUUAUAAAUGGCAUGGCAGUUAAGAUGUUUUUGCCCCUUCAUGCAGUUUUAUUUUUCUUCGCCUGAGAAUAUUAUGUGCAAUUACUGGACUAUGAUCAAUAUAUGAUGGACGUUAAAUACAAACAAUGAAUUCUGCAACAGAACAAAAUACAGUUGUGACCAUCAGCCAUACUGUAAGUUUCAAAUGCAACACUACUAUGAAGCUGUUUAAAUUUGCUUUGUAGCUCA